AUGAGAACUCUUAGAGAUGCGUUAGGGGUUAACGGUCAGAUAUACUGGGAUGGAAAUCAUGACUCCAUCAUACAACAGUUAGUAUAUUAUUACAAUAAUACAUGGCAUAGAACAAUAAACAUGAAACCAGUGGAAAUGAAAAAUGAUAUUUCAAAAGAAUGGGAAUAUAUUAGAAAGCAAAUGGAAAGGUUGAAUGAUGUUAAACGUGAACAAAUUAAUUCAGGGCUCAUGAAUUUUAAACAAGGAAAUAAAGUUUUGAUUCAUCUCGAUUAUGGAAAAACUGAUAAAUUAAUGACAAAAAGAAGACGAAGAUUUGACACAAUAGCUGAAUUUGUUAGAUAUAUUAACGGCAAUGCAUUAGUUGAAGUUGACAAUAAAUUAAUAGAAAUUCCGAUUUAUUUUAUUACUCCAUUAUAUUUAAAUAAUAUUUAA